AUGUCGGAAUCUCCCAUUCAGCUGCCCGAGACUGUCAGCGAGCUUAAGGAGAUCGUCGCGCGCGUCCAAGCCCUCCUCGUCUCCAGUGGUGACGACCUGGUCGCUGUCCCUACUAACCAGCGCAAUAUCGAAAACACCCUCCUCAAGCUCCAAGAAGCCCAGAGUCAAGCCGCGGCCAUGCAGACCCAAUGCACCUUCCCCUCCAUGGUGCAUUUGAACAAGGAUGUUCGUGAUGCGGCCACAGAAGCGAAAAAGACCAUGCAAAAGGCCUGGUCGGCGUACGAUGUGUAUGAGAUUUUGCGUCAGUUGGAUCACAGCUCGGAUGCAGGGCACUGUUACGACCCCAUCACCCACCGCCUGUUGAAGCACACCCUCCGACUCUUUGAACGCCACGGCGCCGCACUCUCGGAGGCCGACCAACAAAAGUUGAUGAACUACCGCACCGAGAUCAGCGGGCUCGAGCUAGAUUUCCAAAAGGCCCUGAACGAAGACACGACCGACAUCUUGUUAUCUGCAGAUGAACUCGAGGGAUGCACAGAGUCUUGGAUUUCGGGUCUGGCAAAGACCGAGAAGGAUGGUCGACACCUUUACAAGGUCACGAUGAAGACGCCCGAUAUUCUCAACGUCAGCAGGAACGCGUCCCUGCCGGAAACUCGUCGUCGUGUUGCUACGACUUAUCGCCAAGUCUGCACCUCGACCAAUGGACCUAUCUUGGAGCGGUUGAUCCGACUUCGACACGACGCUGCAGUUCUGUUAGGCUACAAGAGUCACGCCGCCUAUCAAUUGGAUAUCAACAUGGCCAAGACCGUCGAGACUGUGGAGGACUUUUUGGACAAGAUUGUGAAGUCGAUCUCGCCCAAACUGGAGAGCGACAAGCAGACGCUUUUGGAUCUGAAGAAAGCCGAGUACCAGAAGCGUGGAUGGAGCGAGCAGUACGAUGGCGUGCUAUAUGCCUGGGAUGUCAAAUACUACCAGGAAAUCUUGUUCAAGGAAAAGUACGCUGUCGACAACUCGCUUAUCCAGGAGUACUUUGAGCUCAACUACGUCCGCGACCAGAUCAUGGGCAUCUAUUCGAAGAUCUUCCAGUUGAGGUUCGAGCAGAUCCCUGGCAAGUACUGGGCAGACGAUGUCACCCUGUUUGCUGUCUACGACCAAAAAGCUCAAAACCAGGCUGGAGAAGAGGGCAAGAAGAUCCCCUCCGCUUUUAAGAUUGGAUACUUUUACCUCGAUCUCUUCCCUCGUCCAGGAAAAUACGCUCAUCAAUGUGUGGUGCCUUUGCGUCCCAGCUACGUUGUCUCAGGAACCAUGGAGCAGGUCCUUCCCGUUGCUGUGAAUGUCGGAAACUUGUCUCGGCCCACUGCUGGCCGCCCUGCCCUUCUCAAGCACAGUGAGGCAAACACGUUUUUCCAUGAGUUUGGACAUGUCUGCCACGCAAUGUCGAGCAAAGCCCGCUACUCGCUCUUCAACUUCUCAUGGUCCGUCGUCCCUUAUCCCACCUCUCUGGCUAUGGAUUUUUUGGAAGUCCCCAGCAUCAUGCUCGAGAACUGGUUGUGGGAGCCCACUGUUCUUAAGCGCCUCGGCAAACACUACAAGACAGGAAACGACCUCCCAGAUGACUUGAUCGCCUCCCUCGUCAAAACCCGCAAAGUCUCCAAAGGUCUCCUCUUCUCCCAACAGAUCGCUGUAACAGCCAUCGACCUCAAAGUUCACACCCUCGACCCUUACACCCGCCCCCAAACAAUCCCAGAGCUCUGGCAAGAAAUGUCCGAAUCCCUCGUCGGUGUCAAACUCGAAUCUGGUCCCGAUGUCAACCCGGCCUGUCAGCUGUACCAUAUCGCGAUGGGGUACGAUGCAGGGUAUUAUGUCUACUCGUGGUCAGAGAUGCAUGCUCAUGAUUUGUAUACGCGAUUCGCGGGCAAGUCUGGUACGGAUUCGCAUGAGAGGACGAGGGCGUUGGAUGGAGAGUUGGGACGGGAGUAUUGGGAGAAAGUGUUGGUGCCCAAUGCGGCGGUCGAGCCGAUUGAACUACUGAGGGAUUUCUUGGGCCGUGAACCCAAUACUGAAGCCUUCCAACGCUUCUUGACCGAGCCAUAA